CCCUGCACCCCUACCGAGCACAGCCUCACCCCGCUACUUCCCUGACAGCCCGGACCCUCCCACGGGGCGGGGCUAACGGGAGUAUAUGGAGUUCCAGGACAGUAGAGCGGCCGGCAUUGGGUGACGGGGAAUCCGCUGUACACAUCGCUGAGAAGAGGAGAGAGAUCCAGCAUAGACAUGUUCAAGAUUAAGAAGAUCUGCUGUAUUGGCGCCGGCUAUGUUGGCGGUCCUACUUGCAGCGUCAUUGCUCAGAUGUGCCCUGACAUCAGAGUAACGGUGGUGGAUGUUAACGAGACACGAAUCGAUGCCUGGAAUUCUGACACCCUCCCCAUCUACGAGCCGGGAUUAAAAGAAGUUGUUGAAUCUUGCAGAGGAAAAAACUUGUUCUACUCUACUGAUAUAGAUGGAGCCAUACAAGAGGCUGAUCUUGUCUUUAUUUCUGUAAACACGCCAACAAAGACUUAUGGAAUGGGCAAAGGUCGAGCUGCAGAUCUUAAAUACAUUGAGGCUUGUGCCCGUCGUAUUGUUCAGAACUCAAAUGGCUACAAAAUUGUCACGGAAAAGAGCACAGUGCCUGUAAGAGCAGCAGAGAGCAUUAGGAGGAUAUUUGACGCUAACACAAAACCUAAUCUUAAUCUGCAGGUGCUUUCUAACCCAGAAUUCCUUGCUGAGGGAACAGCCGUUAAAGAUCUUAAGAAUCCUGACAGGGUGUUGAUUGGCGGAGACGAGACUCCUGAAGGGCAAAGAGCAGUGCGUGCUCUGUGUGCUGUUUAUGAGCAUUGGGUACCCACUGAAAAAAUCAUCACCACCAACACUUGGUCAUCUGAGCUUUCCAAACUGGCUGCCAAUGCAUUUCUUGCUCAAAGAAUCAGCAGCAUUAACUCCAUCAGUGCCCUGUGUGAAGCCACUGGAGCAGAUGUUGAAGAAGUGGCCAGAGCUAUCGGCAUGGACCAGAGAAUUGGAAACAAAUUUUUGAAAGCCAGUGUUGGCUUUGGCGGUAGCUGCUUCCAGAAAGACGUGUUGAACUUGGUUUACCUUUGUGAGGUUCUGAACUUGCAUGAAGUAGCAAGAUACUGGCAACAGGUUAUUGAUAUGAAUGACUAUCAGAGAAGAAGGUUUACCUCCAGGAUCAUUGAUUGUCUCUUUAACACUGUAACAGACAAGAAAAUUGCUGUCCUGGGAUUUGCAUUUAAGAAAGACACUGGGGACACAAGAGAGUCCUCCAGUAUUUAUAUAUGUAAAUAUCUCAUGGAUGAAGGAGCGAAUCUGCACAUCUAUGACCCCAAAGUACUUAAAGAACAGAUUAUUAUGGAUUUAUCCCAGCCAGGUGUAGCGAAGGAUGACAGAGUUGCAAAGCUGGUCCAUAUUUCUACAGACCCAUAUGAUGCCUGUGAAGGAGCUCAUGCCAUGGUGAUCUGCACAGAGUGGGACAUGUUUAAGGAAUUGGAUUUCCAUCGGAUCCAUUCUAAGAUGUUAAAGCCAGCGUUCAUAUUUGAUGGAAGAAGAGUUCUAGAUGAUCUCCAUGGAGAACUACAGAAUAUCGGUUUCCAGGUAGAAACUAUUGGAAAAAAGGUGGCCUCCAAGAGGAUCCCUUUCACACCGACAGCAGAUAUGCCCAAGAUCAGUCUUGCUGAUAUCCCUCAUAAGAAGCCCAGAGUAUAAUGUAUCCCAGAGGCGGCAUAAAGCUUGUGGAUUCUAAUCGUAUCAUGUCAUGUCUGUGGGCACACUAUUUGCCGCAUUACCUUUUUUGUCUGUGUCCACAGUGACUACAGUUAUCUAGGUACAUUGCAUUUAUAAUUCCUAUCUUAAGUAUGAGAUAAUUUAUUUGUAAAUAAUUCACUUUACAGCCAUGCUUGGCAUUAUGUCUGCCAAACCCUUGCAGUAAAUUUGAAGACCAAACAGCCAUGCUUUGCUCAUUUUCAUUUAGGUACAGAAUGUCAUCUUUUAGUUGCCCUCUAUAACCAGUCCUGUAUGUAAAGAGGAUGGCACUGUAAAUGCAUCCUACCAUCUUUUGUGACCCAGACAACUUUUCUCAGUCUUUUGUAUUUUGAUAUGUAUAGGAAUACUUUAAAAACGGUUCUAUUUUUGGAAUGUUUUUUAUAUUUUUAUAAGCCUGUAUCAUGCUUCUGUCACUGACACCUCGAAUAAGGGUGUUAUGCUAACCAUACCAAAAAAAGGUGUUUUUUGUAAUGAAUAUUAAUAAUAAAAUAAAUGAUCUGUAACUUCUUUGAAA